CUCCGACUCCAACAACCUGUACCGUCUCGUAAUAAAACUGCCCACGAACACGAACGCGAAACCGCCCUCCCUCCGAUCACAUCGCCGCCGCCGACGAUCGGCCGGGAACCCGUCGCGAAGCUGGCCUUCAGCCCGAGGCGAGCCAUGGCAGAGCUCCGGCACUCGAGCUCCCUCGGAAGCCGGGCCUCCUCCUCUCCGAUGAAGCGCGACGACGACUCCUCCCCGCUCGUCCCCGAUUCCCGCCCCUUCGACGACGACGGCGGCGGCGGCCGCCAUUCCUCCUCCCGGGAUCGCGACCGCCCGCUCUGGUCGCAGCUCCACUCCCUCUGGCCCCCUCACUUCUCUGACGACCCCAGGGUUGCCCCUCACGGCUCCAGGAUCGCGAUCUUCCUGCUCCUCGUCGUCGCUCUCGUCGGGCUGAUCUCGAUCUUCUCCAUCGUGCGUCACCUGAAUGCCCCAUACCUUUGCCGGAAAGAUGGCAUUGUUCUUCAUUGCCCCCGGGUCAAGGAGCCUACUUCGCUUUGGGAAAAUCCAUACUCCGCAACCACAUCGUGGAAGCCUUGUGCAGAGCGUCUUGAUGGUGGAAUAUCGAAUGUUCCUCCUGAGAAUGAAACAAAUGGCUACAUAUUCAUCCAUGCUGAGGGCGGUUUGAAUCAACAAAGAAUCGCGGUAUUGUAUCUGCUCUAUCAAUUUCUUAAUCUGAAUGAGAAAACUCAGCUUGUUGGCAUUUUUGGGUGGAUGUCCUUGAUCAUCCAUGCCUCUACAGCAAGUAUAUGCAAUGCCGUUGCUGUUGCUAAAAUUUUGAAUGCUACUCUUAUUUUACCAGUAUUGAAGCAGGAUCAGAUCUGGAAAGAUCAAACGAAAUUUAAGGAUAUUUUCGAUGUGGAUCAUUUCAUUGAUUAUCUGAAAGACGAUGUUCGGAUUGUGCGCGAUAUCCCCAAGUGGUUUACUGAUAAGUCAGAGCUGUUUACAAGCAUUAGACGGACAGUGAAGAAUAUUCCAAAAUAUGCACCUGCGCAAUUUUACAUUGACAACGUUCUACCUCGCAUCAAGGAGAAAAAGAUAAUGGCGCUUAAACCUUUUGUUGAUCGUCUAGGGUAUGAUAAUGUUCCCCCAGAAAUCAACAGACUUAGAUGCAGGGUGAAUUACCAUGCUCUGAAGUUUCUCCCUGAAAUUGAAGAAAUGUCGAAUUCACUGGCAUCAAGGAUGAGAAACCGCACUGGCAGUCAAAAUCCCUACAUGGCACUUCAUCUUAGGUUUGAGAAAGGGAUGGUUGGCUUAUCUUUUUGCGAUUUUGUGGGGACAAGGGAGGAGAAAGCUAAAAUGGCUGAAUACAGACAAAAGGAAUGGCCUCGGCGGUAUAAAAAUGGUUCUCAUCUUUGGCAGCUGGCCCUGCAGAAGAGGAAGGAAGGACGAUGUCCUCUUGAGCCAGGGGAAGUUGCUGUGAUUCUGCGAGCAAUGGGUUAUCCCAAGGAAACUCAAAUUUAUGUUGCCUCUGGGCAGGUAUAUGGUGGUCAGAAUCGAUUGGCACCGCUAAGGAACAUGUUCCCCAAUCUGGUGACAAAGGAGGAGCUGGCCACGAAGGAGGAGCUUGAUGGUUUUAGAAAGCACGUGACAAGCCUGGCAGCCCUCGAUUUUCUGGUAUGCUUGAAGUCCGAUGUUUUUGUGAUGACCCAUGGAGGCAAUUUCGCUAAAUUGAUAAUUGGGGCACGGAGAUACAUGGGUCACCGGCUUAAAUCGAUAAAACCAGAUAAGGGCCUCAUGUCUAAAUCUUUCGGCGAUCCCUACAUGGGAUGGGCGACAUUUGUUGAGGAUGUGGUCGUAAUCCACCAGACAAGGACUGGAUUGCCUGAGGAGACAUUUCCUAACUACGAUAUAUGGGAGAAUCCUCUGACUCCUUGCAUGUGUAGAGCUUAAAACGAGGAUGUCUAAUCAGAAUUUUCUUGUGAACUAGCCUGGCGAAGCGUUCUUUUUAGGCGUGCACUGAAAAUGGGGCAGUAAUCUCUUGAUUCGCCGUGCAAGAUGUGAAGAAUUUGUGCCGUAAGCCCGACACGUUUGUGACAUGGCAGAAAAAGGUUGGAUCUUAGAUUUGAGCUCAUUUUUUUGAGUACUGACCGGCAGGACUCGGGUUUCGACAUUAUUGCAGAGGGUCUCGUACAUACGGCCUUCGCCCAUGUCGUAGUGCAGAAACCCGGUGUCAGCGCAAUCGAAUAGUUUUCUAGUUUUAGCAUUGCCUUUCUCAAGCAUUUGAAGAUAUCUAGCGGAUCAUGUGAGGUGAUCUCCUGUAAAGCAACUUUGAGAUAAGCAAGAGAGCAAUUUUUGUUUUUUCUUGUUGACGGAACAGAGCUGACCGUGCCAAUGGUGUAGGACGAGCUCAACGGCAGGUCCCUGCUCAUUCUUUUGUUCGGACUCGGGAAUCAAUCGACCGGUUCAGGAGUCAUGAGGUUACCGACACUCAUUAUAGUAAUGAAAUACAGUUGAUCUCUC